GGGCGCGUCGUCCCGCGUGCCCCAGGAGCUAGGCCUACAUAGCGGCCAGCAGGAUGCUCAACAAGUUUUCCCCCAAGUCAAGCCCGGAAGCUUCAGCGAUAGACCUCCCUACCUCGGGCAACACAAACCCCUGGCACAGCCUUCGGGGCUCAGCUGGAAGUCCAAAGCCGAGCGAGAAAAAGGUGACACAAGAAGACAAAGUCGUCAAGCGGCGCGCGCAGUGCAGAGCCAACCAGGCGCGCUAUCGCAUGAGGCAGCAGAACCGCCAGCUGCAGCUGCAGCAGAGCGUUCAGCAACUGCGAGAGGAAGUCGAUCGUCUAAAGCGGGGAGUUGAUAGCACUCACUCUGGUCGUCGAACCAAAUGCAACCCCUGGGUCAUCAUUGCUGAGGCUUCUCGCCUAGUGGGCAAAACCUUCUCUUCCCCUUGGAGUGAGCUUCACGGGGAAGAAGCGGCGAGCUUCACGGCCUUCUACCAGGAGUAUUUCUCGCCUGACGUGGCCCUGGGGGAGACCUGCGGACUGAAGAGUUUCAUGGAACAGGCUUGCCGCUGGUCGACGUACUUCGAUCACCCCGAUCUUCAGCUCAAGCGGGUCGAGUCGACGGCUCCUGGCGUCAUGACUGCUACGGCAAGGCUUAGUGUGACUGUGACAGAACGCUCGAUGGGCAGCUUCUUCCCGAGCCUGAAGUGUACACGCCGAGACGAUGAUAACGAUCGCGCAGAGCUGGCUGGAAGGCUUCUAGGUCAGCGACUGCAGCUCAACUGCUCCAUUACCUUCUUGCUGGACGAAGAGACCGGCCGUGUCGCGCAUUUGGAACGUGACGUUGAUUUCGUGGGCCCUUUACUCCGGGUACUCGGCAGCCUAGAGGAUGUCUCUAGCGUGCUGCGCGGUUAA